AUGAACUACAUCCUUAUCUUUCUCUGGGUAUCCUUCUUCAGCAUCGUUUUCUGGGAUCCACGUAGGGUUGGUCGCUCUUGUUGUCAACCAGGCGAAUCUUCAGGGCUUUGGUUCUUAUUUUGCUACGCUGUCUUUAUCACAUGCUUUGUAGCAUUUCUAUUCCUAACCAACCUAUUUCGAAGGAAGAUGGAGCCAUCUCUGUUCUAUAUGUCCUGUAACCUUAUCACUCUAUUCUUCUGUGGGAUCGUCACAUCCUCUAUGAACAAUCUCACUCACUAUCUACACAAGAAAGGUCCUCCCCUGUUCGAUAUCGGCUUUUUUCUCAUCCCUGAAAUCCCGCUUCAAUAUGCGGAGACUUCCGAUUGUAUUCUGGUGGGAUAUAUCAUGAUCUGCGUGCUGCGAAGUCUGUUUCUACACCCUGCUGUGCGAAACAAAAUGUGGGCAGACUUUGGAAGGAUCUCGAGCAUCAUGAUUCUCUGCAAGGGAUUUAUGGGAUGGUGGACCCUUCUUCCAGGUCCUGCGCCUCACUGCCGACCUGGUUCCCCCAAUUACGCUCCCAAGUCAAUCAAAAACAUCUUUAUCAACCAAGGCACCAUGUUCGGCCACGCUCUGAACUGCGGCGAUCUGAUUUUUAGCGGACACACAGGUUUUCUAGUGAUCGUCAUGUUGCUUUCGGAGGAGCUCUGGAAAGCAAGCAAACCGCAAGUAAUAAAACUGUGGAGAGUGUUUACCGUAACAACGCUCAUCCUGUUUUCCAUUUUCUGCAUCGCAGCUAGAAAGCACUAUUCAGUGGAUAUCGCAUGCGCCUACUUGGUCGCUUUUCUCAUCUUUUCCUCCUUUCGUCUUAGCUGGAUUCCCUCCCAUCUCUUGUUUCCAGCCACACGGACAGUUGUACUUCAUACGUCCGUGUCUGGAGCCGAUACGACCAAAUCGGACACGAUAAUCGUCUCCGAAGAACAAACUAGACCUCAUGUCCACUGGAUGUCUGCAGAGAGUGUAUCCAACGAACAGUUUGCAUCCUAA